AUGCCGCCCAGAAUACCAGGCCCUUCAGGGCUCCAGAGCCUGACAUUAUGUCUCCGGCCAGCGGCAGCAUCCCGACAAGCCGCGCCCUCCCUUCAACCCCUCAUCCAGAAGGCCACCCUUACCCAGAAAGAGAGGGAUACUCUUCGAAAGCAGAAACUAGACCCUUACCGGUGGCAACAAGCCCAACAACGAAAAAACCGAAACCUCGAGCGGCGAAAGGUGCUCGAGGUCGAGCGCGACCAGGCAUGGGGUGACCCAGUGAACGGCCUCGUGACGCCCUUCCUCGAGUCCUUCGACACCGGCGGUCAGUCGUCUCUGUCACAGGUCAAGCGGGAUGAUGACGGAAACGCGCUUGAGGAGCCGCACGCCCUGCCGACGUCGGAGCACAUCCUCAACUACCAGCUCACGAAGCAGGAGCUCGACGAGGCCAUCGCCGAGUCCUACACGCUCACCGCGCCCAUCGCGGGCAACGUGGGCUCGAUCUACUACAGCGAGGUUGUCGAUAACCAAAGCAAGCAGGAUCACGAGGAGAAGCACAAGCGCGCGGUCGAGGCCCUGAACCGGAUCACAACCCUCAACAACGCCAGCAGCAAGGACAAGCGACAUGCCAACAUCCGGCGCAUCAUCGAGACAUUUGGCCGGCAUGAGACGGACGCGAAGCUGCGGCAGAAGCCGCUGGCCGAGGGACACACGGAACGUAUUGAGAAGGUCCGUGGCGGCCCGGACACGGGGUCCUCGGAGGUGCAGAUCGCCAUCCUAACGGCUAAGAUCAGAGUGCUGGCCCAAAUGUACGCGGGCAAGAAGGGCAACAAGGACAAGCACAACAAGAAGAAUCUGCGGCUACUGCUGCAUAGGAGGCAGAAGCUGCUCAAGUACAUGGAGAGGAGGGAGAGAGGAAGCGACCGGUGGUCGCACAUGAUCGAGACGCUGGGCCUGUCGCCUGCGACUUACAAGAAGCAGAUCGAGGUUAGGUAA